UGGUGAGACACAAGUUUCAACUUUAUUUCCCUUGCAACUCUCCUCUUUAAGCUCAUUUCCCUAUCAAACUUUCUGCCAACUUUUUUUCGAAAUAAACAUUUUUUCUCCCACUCUCUAUUUAACUUGUAGUCCAUAUUUAAUUUGCAGAGAUAUAUAAGCAAAAAAUGGGAUUGGGUACAUUUAUGGGUGAUUUUCUCCGGCAGUGUGGUGGCUAUGCGGUGGUAGACGGUGGACUUGCGACGGAGCUGGAAAGGCAUGGUGCUGAUUUAAAUGAUCCUCUUUGGAGUGCUAAAUGCCUUGUCACUUCCCCUCAUCUUAUAAGAAGGGUGCACCUAGAUUAUCUGGAAGCUGGUGCCAACAUUAUAAUUUCUGCAUCUUAUCAGGCAACUCUUCAGGGAUUUGAAUCCAAGGGAAUUUCAAGGGAUGAAGGUGAAGCAUUGCUCAAAAGAAGUGUGGAGAUAGCACGUGAAGCGCGAAAUAUAUACAAUGACAGGGCUACCAAAGGUUCUUGGGAUGAUUUUGGUGAUGGUUUGAAACGCAAACCGGUCUUGGUUGCAGCGUCUGUGGGAAGCUAUGGAGCUUAUUUGGCUGAUGGUUCUGAGUAUAGUGGAAUUUAUGGUGAUGCCAUUACUGUGAAAACUCUGAAAGAUUUUCAUCGAAGGAGAGUUCAGGUUCUUGCAAAUUCAGGUGCUGAUUUGAUUGCAUUCGAGACAACUCCAAACAAAAUCGAAGCUCAGGCUUAUGCUGAGCUUCUUGAGGAAGAGGACAUUAGAAUUCCUGCCUGGUUUUCCUUCAGUUCUAAAGAUGGUACCAAUGUAGUCAGUGGCGAUUCCAUUGUCGAAUGUGCUUCAAUCGCUGAUUCGUGUAAGCAAGUUGUUGCAAUUGGAAUCAAUUGUACCCCUCCGAGAUACAUUAAGGGACUAAUUCAAUUGAUCCGAAAGGUAACAAGUAAACCAAUACUUGUAUAUCCUAACAGUGGUGAGACUUAUGAUGGAGACAAAAAGGAAUGGGUGGCUUCAAAGGGCAUUGCAGAGGAAGAUUUCGUGUCAUACGUGGACAAAUGGUGCGAGGCUGGUGUGUCUCUCGUAGGAGGUUGCUGCAGGACCACCCCAAAUACGAUUAGGGCUAUUUCCAAAGUUCUCUCCAGCAGGAGUUUAAGCUCAGUUUUUGGGGCUAAUAUGUUAAAGAGUUAUGAACUAAAAUGAUUGUGUUGCUUCUCUUAACAAUGGUGUUUAUGUUAGUGAUAAUGUUUUGUAGUGUUCCCUUUGUCUUAGUGAUAUGUUUAUGUAGUGAUCCAUUUGGUUUAGUGAUAUGGUGAACAAAGGUCUCCAACAAUUCUCAUGCAA